CCCCCCCCCCCCAAGUUCCUUCCAGCAGUGUUCGCUCGGUCACGCAUUCGGCGGCUCCCUGCACAGAGCCCCCGACGCUAACAAGACUCGACUCGCGCAGACUCAGAUUGACGCAGACUCCUGAUACCCACCCCCCUCGUCAACACAGGUGUCGCAAGCGACACCUCAUCCCUUGGUCAUGGCCGAAGAUGAUGCUGAGCAGGCCUUUUUCCAGGCACAGGCGAUGAAUGUGGAGUCUGUGGACUACAAGGCUGUUGAAGAGCAGGGUGCAGAUAGUUCAGAUUCAGAUGAUUAUGAUCCUUCAAACACACUGCCAGAUCAGUAUUCUGUUCCCUUCACAGACUCCAAGCAAACUGAAAACCUUCCUUCCGAGACUCCUUCCGAUUCCAACCCCCCUGAACAGGCUACUACCACGGCCGCUGCCACUACCACUACCACCACCAACACCAACACCACUACCUCUGCCCCCCCUCCCCCUGAAUCAGACCCUAGUCCGCCUGCUGGCGAUGGCUCCCCUUCCCAAUCACCUUCACGAGCUGAGUCUCAGGCAUCCGCGUCGGGCCUCGCUACCGGGGCCGCAGCGCCGCCAAAGACCAGGACAAUCGGGGGCUUUGUGGUCGAGGAUGAGGAUGAGGAUGAUGCGGGUGAUGCAGAUUAUGAGCCACCAGCUGUACUAGGUGUCGAAGACAUGAAUACUAUACCUUCGCAACCCAUUUCAGGCAAUGCAAAUGAAGCUACUUCUACCCCUGAUGUAUCUGUGGAUGAAGCUGCGCAGGUGUCUGCCAGCACGAAGAAUGUCCCUAAUAGUUCUCUCCCUGCUGCUUCUAAAAAUGAUGCGUCUGUGACUUCGGGCCAGGAUCUGUACAGUGCGCCUCCCCAGCAGCCGGACAGUGCGCAGGAGGCGGCCACGGCCACGCCAGAGUCCCCGUCCGCCGCCAGAGGCCGGCUGCCUCACGACCGGGUCGGUAUCCUGGAGGACCGCAUCCAGGAAGACCCCCGAGGUGACAUUCCCGCCUGGCUGGAGUUGAUUAACGAGCACAGAAGUCGCAAUAGGAUUGAUAACGCCCGCGACGUGUAUGAGCGUUUCCUGAGGGUCUUCCCUUUUUCUGCCGAGCAAUGGGUGGCGUACGCGAGCAUGGAGUCCGAGCUCAAUGAGCUCUUCCGCCUGGAGCAGAUCUUCAAUCGCAUUCUGCUGACCAUCGCCGACGUCCAACUCUGGACCGUCUACCUGGACUACGUCCGUCGCCGCAAUCCCCUCACCACAGACACCACGGGGCAAGCCAGGAGAAUCAUCUCGUCAGCCUACGAGCUGGCUCUCACGCACAUUGGGAUCGACAAGGACUCCGGCUCCAUCUGGUCGGAUUACGUCCAGUUCAUCCGCUCCGGCCCCGGGAACGUGGGAGGCUCGGGAUGGCAGGACCAGCAAAAGAUGGAUCUCCUCCGCAAGGUCUAUCAAAGGGCGAUCGGCGUCCCGACGCAGGCGGUCAAUACUCUGUGGAAGGAGUACGAUCAGUUUGAGAUGGGCUUGAACAAGCUGACGGGGCGGAAGUUCCUGCAGGAGCAAUCGCCGGCCUAUAUGACCGCCCGCAGCUCCUUCACCGAACUCCAGAACAUCACACGAGACCUGAACCGGACGUCAUUGCCGCGGCUGCCUCCCGUACCCGGUUCGGACGGUGACAUCGAGUUCCUACAGCAGGUCGAGACCUGGAAACGCUGGGUCAAAUGGGAGAAGGGUGACCCGCUGGUCUUGAAGGAUGAGGACAUGGGCGCCUACAAGACGCGAGUGGUUUACGUCUACAAACAAGCUCUCAUGGCCUUGAGAUUCAUUCCCGAGAUGUGGUUUGAAGCGGCCGAGUUCUGCUUGCACAACGACAUGGAGACGGAAGGAAGCGAUUUCCUGAAGCACGGAAUCGACGCCAACCCGGAAAGCUGCUUGCUUGCGUUCAAGCUGGCUGACUGGCUGGAACUCAAUACAGAGUCUGAGCAGGACCCCGUCAAACGGGGCGCUAAGGUUCGGGAACCCUACGACAAGCUUCUGGAUUCGCUCUACGAUUUGAUUGCGAAGGCCCGUACCCGGGAGGCGCAGGACGUCGCUCAUCUGGAGGGCAACUUCGCGAAGAUGAACACCAGCAACCCACCGGCCAAGAAUGAGGAUGACGACGAUGAUCAGAGUGAAAGCAAGGCGCGGGACUCUGUCAAGAAUGCCCAGAUUGAAGCGGUCCGGCAUGCCCAUGCGAUUCAGAUCGGGAUCCUGUCCAGGACCGUCUCCUUCGGCUGGAUCGCCCUCAUGCGCUCGAUGCGCCGCAUUCAGGGCAAAGGCAAGCCUGGUGAGAUGCCCGGGUCAAGGCAGAUCUUUGCGGAUGCCCGCAAGAGGGGUCGGAUCACGAGUGAUGUCUAUAUAGCCAGUGCUCUCAUUGAAUAUCAUUGCUAUAAAGACCCCGCCGCGACCAAGAUCUUUGAGCGCGGUGCGAAGCUGUUCCCUGACGAUGAAAACUUCGCGCUGGAAUACCUGAAGCAUCUCAUUGACAUCAAUGAUGUUAUCAACGCGAGGGCCGUGUUCGAGAUGACCGUGAGGAAGCUGGCAGCAAACCCCGAGAAUGUCCACAAGACAAAGCCGAUCUUUGCAUUCCUUCACGAGUACGAGUCGCGGUACGGGGACCUGGUGCAGGUGAUCAACCUCGAAAGCCGCAUGCGCGAGUUGUUCCCUGAGGACCCAACCCUGGAGCAAUUUGCCCACCGUUACUCCAUCCCUAAUUUCGACCCUACCGCCGUACGACCCAUCAUCUCCCCCUCUCAGACCAGACCCAAGAUGGCAUACCCCACGGAACCAAUGAUGUCCCGUCAUGACACCCCUACUUCGAGAUACCAGGAUGCCUCCGCGACCAACUCGCCCAAGCGGCAGCUGGAGGACUUCGACGAUGACAUGGGCCGGCCGCGCAAGUUCGUCCGCGCAGAAUCUCCUCUCAAAACGACGCAGCGACGCCAGAUGGAUCAGAAACGCACGCAACAGACUCAGAACUCCCAGUUCCGGCCCCAGGGAUCGCCUGCUCCCCUGCCCCGCGACAUCGUCUAUCUGCUGAGCAUCAUCCCGUCGGCCUCGGCAUACAACGCCGGGCGAUUCUCGCCGGAGAAGAUGGUCGAUCUCAUCCGGAGGAUCGAUAUACCCAGUUCGAUCUCACAUAUCCCGCUUCCCCGUGGGCUGGGAGGCGGACAAGCACCGCAGUCAUUUCCCGGUAUCUACCGUUCGUAACUUCUUGAUGAUAUAGACCUUCCGUCACGCAGCUCUUGACGCAUAAACGCUCACCUUCGAGCCUAUGCCCGUAUCCUUUAUUCCCCACGCUGGUCUCGAUGGCAUGCCGCCGCGGCGUGGCUCCUGGAGUGUAUAGUUGUUGGAUGUCGUUUGCAUUUGAUGAAUCGGCGUUUUUCCCUUGGUUUGGUAUCACGAUGAGAACUUUGGCGGCUGGGCCUUGAGUGGAACAUGAUUAUUCGACAUUGAUUGAUAUUGGUUGAUUCCUUGCACUGGGUGGGGUCUUGUACAGUCUUACAGUCUUUAUGGUGCAGUUCAGCAUGGAAUGGAGAGAUUGUAGUUGAUAGUUUUUCCCCCCUUCUUUUAAUCAUGC